AAACCGCAGUAAAACCUGCAGAAGACAGAAGAAAACAUCUCCUGCACAUCGAUACUUCCAUGGCUCUGCUGAACACUGGUGCAUGAAUGAAUUUUAGAUCCAUUAAAGCAGGCAAUCCAAUAUAACAACUUUUGCCCGUGGACCGAAGUUUGCAAGGACAAAACUUUUUAAUAGUAGGUUUUAACGAAUUGAGCUCUUCGUGCCCAAAACUCACCCUGUGCCGUCCAGGCCUGAUAUGGAGCUAACGCUAAACUGUUAGCAUUAGCUGGACUAGCUCGUUUUACACUUUGCAGCAAUGGGUCCAGAUAAAACAUGUAAACAAGAAUCCUCUGACGAUGAUGAUGACUAUGUUGAAGAAGAUGAUUCAAGCGAAGAAUCAACAGAUACUGAACAUGAACCCUCCAGGCCUGCUUCUAAUAAGUACUGUGUUGUCAAAGAAGAGGAGGAAGGGGAUAUGUCUAUUCAGCACAAAAGCACAAACGAUAAAGGGGGCAAGCAUCCAUGUUCAGACUGUAUUAAAGUGUUUGGACCCUCUUCAGAUUUGAUUUGGCACAGGACUAGAUCGACGUGUGAAAAGAAACCACGUGCUCUCCAUCGCUGUUCCUUUUGCAGCAAACCUUUCAACAGACACAGCCACCUUGUGCGACACGAGCGAGUGCACACUGGGGAGAAGCCGUUCACCUGUUCUGUCUGUGGAAAACGUUUUGCCCAACUCAGAAGCUGUAACUCGCACGAGAAAACCCAUGAACCCACAUACGAGAGCCGAGAAAGAACGCACAAAUGUGACCUCUGUGACAGGGCUUUCACAGAAGCUAAAGUACUGCGCCGCCAUUUUCGAUCACAUACAGGAGAGCGGCCGUAUGAAUGUAGCGAGUGCACAAAAUGUUUUUCUCGCUCAGAAGGACUCAGAAGGCACAUGAGGAGCCACACAGGGGAGCGUCCAUUCACAUGCACUGUCUGUAAAAAGGCUUUUUAUUCACGAACAGACCUGAACAUUCACAUGCUCACACACUCAGGAGAGAAGCCACAUGUGUGUUCUGUGUGUGGUAAAAGUUUUGCUCAGGCAGGCAAUAUGAGAAUUCAUGAGCAGACUGUCCACUCUGAAACCCGCCAAUAUAGCUGCAAUGAAUGCGGAUCAACAUUUAAAGAGUACAGGACAAUGAAAAUGCAUCAGAGGAUACACACAGGGGAAAAGCCAUAUGUGUGCUUACCCUGUGGUGUCAGUUUCUUUUGGAGCCAUGCUUUAAGCAGGCACAAGAGGUCAGAUGCACAUAAGAAAAAGUUAUCUGAGAGUGGAGAUUUAGAGAGUACAUAAAUCUGUCUUAUGAAGUAUGUAAUGUUAAGUUUUUUUUGUAAGAAUCACAGUAAAGGAAAUCUUGUUUUACAUAUACUUAAAUGCGUUGGUCAGUUUCCUCAAUAAAUAUGUAUAAAUACUUUCUAUAGCUGCA